AUGACGUUGCGUUCGCUGCCGUCCAGUAGUCCUGGUCGCCGCUGGGCGCUCUUGCGCUGCUCCGUACCCACCAAGUUCCAACGCCGUGCGUUCGCUUCCACUCGCCUCUCCUUUCAUGAGGCCUUCCCUUCGCUGCUGGACGAUGCGGCCUCCGCCUCCCUCUUCUCCUCGCUCCAGGCGUCUAAGGCCGUACCCCAGACGCUCACGGAGAAAAUCGUCCAACAGUACUCCGUGGGACUUGUCAACGGCAAAGUUGUUAAGUCGGGCGACUAUGUCACCAUUUCGCCGCACCGGUGUAUGACCCACGACAACUCAUGGCCGGUCGCGUUGAAGUUCAUGUCCAUCGGAGCCACGAAACUGCAUAACCCGGAGCAGAUCGUCAUGACCCUCGACCACGACGUGCAGAACACGUCGGAGAAGAAUCUCCAGAAGUACCGUCAGAUCGAAGAGUUCGCCAAACAGCAGGGGGUGGAGUUCUACCCGGCGGGGCGGGGGAUCGGACAUCAAAUCAUGGUGGAGGAGGGCUUUGCCUGGCCCGGCACGCUGGUGGUGGCCUCGGACAGCCAUAGCAAUAUGUACGGAGGCGUGGGCUGCCUCGGGACGCCGAUCGUGCGAACCGAUGGGGCCAGUAUCUGGGCCACCGGGAAGACCUGGUGGCAGAUUCCGCCCGUGGCCAAGGUCACCUUGACUGGGGUCUUGCCCCCCGGAGUGACGGGCAAAGACGUCAUCGUUGCCCUGUGCGGCCUGUUCGACAAAGACGACGUCCUGAAUCACGCUAUCGAGUUUACGGGCUCGGAGGAGACCAUGCGGAGCCUGUCGGUGGACGAUCGGUUGACCAUCGCUAAUAUGACCACCGAGUGGGGGGCGUUGUCGGGCUUGUUCCCCAUUGACAGCGUGCUGAAGGGUUGGCUCAAGGGCAAGGCCACUACGGCGGCCAUGGGACUAGCCGAUGGGCCCUUCAAGACGCUCGCCGCGAAGCGCUUCACACACCCGAUCUUGGAGCAGCUGUUCACCAACCCGUUGACGGCGGACCGGGGUGCGAAGUAUGCAAAGGAACUCUUCCUCGACCUGUCGACCCUGUCCCCUUACAUCUCCGGCCCCAACUCCGUCAAGGUGGCUACCCCUCUGAAGGAGCUGGAGGCGCAGAACAUCAAGGUUGAUAAAGCCUACCUGGUCUCCUGCACCAACUCGAGGGCCUCCGACAUUGCCGCCGCAGCCCGCGUCUUCAAGGAGGCGGCAGAGCGGAACGGUGGUCAGGUCCCCAAGAUUGCUGACGGUGUGAAGUUCUACAUCGCCGCCGCUUCGAUCCCGGAGCAGCUGGCCGCCGAGGGCGCGGGGGAUUGGCAGACCCUGCUGGAAGCGGGUGCAACGCCGCUGCCCGCGGGGUGCGCGAUGUGCAUUGGUCUGGGGACGGGUCUGUUGGAGCCGGGCGAGGUGGGCAUCAGUGCCUCCAACCGGAACUUCAAGGGCCGCAUGGGUAGCACCGAUGCCCGGGCAUACCUCGGCAGCCCCGAGGUAGUAGCAGCCAGCGCCCUGAGCGGGCGACUGAGCGGGCCCGGCUGGUACCAAACCCCCGAAGGCUGGACCGGCGUCGUGCGCGGCGUGGGUGAUGGUAUUCGGGAGGAAGACCGCAUGCUCACGGCGGAGCAAGCGCUGGAGAAGAUCAUUGGGCAGAUCGACGACCUGAUCGCCAACGGCGAGAAGCAGUUCGCGGCGGAGGACUCGGGUUUGGGCGAGGCGGCCGCGGACGACGAAGCCCUGACGGACGUGUACCCAGGAUUCCCCGAGCGCGUGUCAGGGGAGAUCGUUUUCUGCGACGCGGACAACAUCAACACGGACGGCAUCUACCCGGGCAAGUACACGUAUCAGGACAAUGUCCCGGAGGAGACAAUGGCGGAGGUGUGCAUGUCCAACUAUGACACGCAGUUCUCCUCCAUCGCGAAGCCGGGCGACGUGCUGGUGACGGGCUUCAACUUCGGCUGCGGCAGCUCGCGCGAACAGGCGGCGACGGCGCUGUUGGCGAAGAAGAUCCCCCUAGUGGUUUCCGGCAGCUUCGGCAACAUCUUCUCGCGCAACAGCAUCAACAACGCCCUGAUGGGGCUGGAGGUGCCGCGCCUGGUCGCGCGCCUGCGCGAAUGCUUCGGCGAGGCCGGCGACAAGAGUCUCACCUGCCGGACUGGUUGGACCCUGACGUGGGACGUCCGGCGAAGCCGCAUUGAGGUUCAGGAAGGUGAGGCCGGUCCUCGGUGGACACACAAGGUAGGCGAGCUGCCCCCCAAUGUGCAGGAGAUCAUCGCCAAGGGAGGCUUGGAGAAAUGGGUCAAGAAUGCCAUUGGGGCUUGA